UGUCAAUGCGCAAUGAGAGUAGAGGUUGCUUUGCUGUAGCUCGUUUGAUAGCCGUAAAACUUCAACUUCCACUUUCAUUGCCAAGUCCCUGUUCAAAUAAAAUUACCUGUGUUAAACCCGAAAAUAAAUAAAGAUAAACCGGUGACUUAAAUUGAAGGAGCCCUUGAGUGCGCUACUGUUUGCUCACGUCUAUGUACAUUUUAUUGAUAAGAGAGUUAGUUUAUUGUACAAAAACGGUGUGUUAGUAGUAUUAUAGUCGUUGCAGUGCUCAGUGAACAUGUCUGAUAAUGAAUAUGAUGGUGACGCUACCUGGGUGCCUUACCGGGAUCGUCCGGAAUGGAAAGACGUGACACCAGUUCCUGAAAAUGAUGGGCCGAGGCCUGUUGUGGUUAUUGCUCAUUCUGAGAAAUUUGAAGAUGUGUAUGGGUACUUCCGGGCAGUCCUGCAAACCAAUGAGAAGUCUGAACGGGCCUUGAAGCUGACUAAGGAUGCAGUUGAACUCAACCCAGCUAAUUACACUGUGUGGCAAUACAGGAGAGAUCUGCUGAAGGCUUUGGGGACAGAUUUAAGACCAGAACUAGAGUAUGUUGAAUCAGUUAUCACACAUUCACCUAAGAAUUAUCAAGUAUGGCAUCACCGGAAAGUUCUAGUGGAAUGGCUGCAAGACCCGUCUCAGGAGCUGGCGCUGACGAGCGACGCUCUAAUACAGGACCCCAAGAACUACCACGCCUGGCAACACAGACAGUGGGCUGUCAAGACCUUUGGACUGUACGACCGCGAGAUGGAGUUCGUAGACAAUCUGAUCACCCAGGACGUGCGCAACAACUCUGCCUGGAACCAGCGCUACUUCAUCAUGAACAACCACCUCGGCUGGUCCGACAUGAACGUGCAGAAGGAAAUCUGCUACACCAUGGACAAAAUCAAACACGUCAAAAAUAACGAAAGCGCUUGGAACUAUCUAAGAGGCUUACUACUACACGAUAAGAGAGGACUCAGCGGAAAUUGCGUAGUCACCGGCUUCUGUGAGGAUUUAUAUAAACAUAAGUGCCGCUCACCAUUCCUACUAGCUUUCAUCCUAGAUAUCUGUGACGAAGCUAUAAAAAAGGACGAAAUAGGAUGCCUACAUAACCCCACUAGAGGUGUAGCGCUGUGUGAGGAUCUGGCGAACAAGUAUGAUAAGAUUAGAAGCAAGUAUUGGAACUAUAUGUCUGAGAAGUUUAGGAAAGCGAAAGAAGAGUUAGCCGCUAAAAAUGAAGACGGCGAUAAAGUUGAGAGAACUAUUUAAUAUAAAAACAAAA